AUGUCUCGAUACGCAGCAGUCCACGCCAACCCCCAAGGACCCGGGGAUGCCCGACCAACAGCACUACAGAUCGUCAGAGACGGGGAUGUGGUAGGAAAGCUCACCGACAAGGUCAUACUCAUCACAGGCGGUAACACGGGUAUUGGUCUCGAGACUGCCAAAGUUCUUCAUGCGACUGGAGCUACCGUCUACAUCACGGCAAGAAAUUCUGAAAAACUAGAGAAGGCCAUCGACGACAUCAAAUCAUGGCCUGAGGCGGAGUCUGCAGCUCCUGUAUAUGGCAUCGAGUUACAGCUUGACUCUUUCAAAUCUGUUCGAGCUGCUGCCAAAGCCUUUUUGGAUAAGAGUGAGAAGCUGAAUGUUCUCAUUCUUAAUGCUGAAGUGAUGGCAACUCCAGAAGGGCGAACUGAGGAUGGAUUCGAAACUCAGUUCGGCACAAACCACCUUGGCCAUUUUCUGUUCUUCCAGCUAUUGAAACACGCUCUUGUGGCCUCUUCCGCCCCAUCUUUCCAGUCACGCGUCGUCUCUCUUUCUUCCAAGGCCCAUCGCAUGGGAGGUGUUCGCUUCGACGACUUUAACUUCGAGAAGGAGCCUUACCAACCUUGGCUGGCCUACGCCCAAUCCAAGACAGCAAAUAUCUACUUCGCUACCGAGCUGGAAAGACGAUACGGAAGUCAAGGUGUUCAUGGCCUCUCUGUUCAUCCUGGCUCAAUUAUGACUGAUCUGGGUCGUCAUAUUGAUCUGAGUCAGUUCGAUUUCGAAGGAGAACUGGGCCGUUACUUAAAGAACAUCGGGCAAGGAGCUGCGACGACGGUGUACGCAGCGUUGAGCAAAGACUUGGAGGGUCGAGGUGGCAUGUAUCUAUCAGAUUGCGAUGAGGAACCGCCAUUGAAGACAGGCGUUGUUGAUGUUUCAUCUGUUGCACCUGGAUACGCAUCUUGGAUCUAUAAUCAAGAGGCAGAAGGCAGAUUAUGGGAGGAGUCUCUUAAGCUCGUGGGGGUCGAGUAG